ACUAAACAAACAAAACUGAUAAAGAAAGGGAACAUUGCUAUCGUUGCUUGGGAAAGGGAAAAGAAAAGAAAAGAAAGAAAAGAUCGACUCCAGAAAUUCUCAUAUUAAAAAUAUGAUAUAUUAGCAGAGGAUUAUAUUAUCUGAUCGCUUAUUCAGGAGGAAUUUUAUUGAUUGUCGGCGGCUAUUUGAUGAUGGGUUUCAUUUUAGCAUUAUCUUCUUCCAGUCUCUUUACAUGAAAAAGCGCCAGAAAUUCACGAUCAUGAAUUUAUGGUUGUGAUCAACAAUUGGAUCAUAUUGGUUCUUUGACGAAUCGCUAUCUGGGUAGGCGGGCUUUUGCAAAAUCACCACCUACCCUUUGUCACGGAUUCAUUGACUACGUGGCGCGAGUCCCUUGGAAAAGAAGAUCUUGAUUUUGGUGGUAUUGUUGUUAUUGCUCUUGAUUGCCUUUUCGAGGUAAAAUUUGGUUCCUUAUAAGAAGUAUAUACAAAUGGAAAUAAAAUUCUUCUAUUUCUUAUUGGAAGAUUAUAUCUAGAUAUAUUUUAUCUUGGAGUUGUUUGGGAUAUUGGUUUUUUCAAUUAAUCGAGUUGUAGAGGACAGGCAUUUGUGAGUUGAUUCAUUAGAAGAAGCAUGUUUUGAUGCAUUGAGAUGGUUUUAUGCGGUUUUAUACAGUUAUCAGCUUCUGGGUUCUUUCAAUUCAGUGUCCUUUUGGUUUUAUGUACAAUUUGUUUAGGGACUUGGGUCGUUGAUAAUUGAACUCUACUUUAUGGUUAAAGAGUUGUAUAUCAGCAUUACGUUUUCUGAUGAAGUUGGAAGUGUAGAUUGAGGUAUAAUUGAGGUUUUCUAAAGGAGGCAGUGGUUUAGAAGAUCUAUUAUUUGGACGGAGCGGCUACAGUGCUGUUAUAGAUUCUCAUUGGCCUGUGAUCUUUUGAAAUAUUACUGGAGCGUGUUAAUAUCAGCAACAUAGUUGUUCUUUUUUUUCUUUUUUUUUUUAAUGUAUAUAUAGCCUUGUGAGGAUUUUGUUUCCUGAUGAUGCUAAAAUUUUUGGGAUGAGGUUUUCUUGAGAGUGACAAAUGAGUUUAGCAUGAUGAACGCGUCUGUAAGGAAUGUUUUUAGAUGGAUUCUCCUGACAAGACAUUCUCUGAGCUAGUUGGCGUGUUGAAAUCCUGGAUCCCUUGGCGAUCUGAGCCACCUACUGUGUCAAGGGAUUUUUGGAUGCCCGACCAAAGUUGUAGGGUAUGCUAUGAAUGCGAUUCUCAAUUCACAAUAAUCAACCGUAGACACCAUUGUCGACUUUGUGGCCGUGUUUUCUGUGCCAAGUGUACAGCGAACUCAGUUCCUGCCCCAUCUACUGAUCCAAGGACUCCACGGGAAGAGUUGGAGAAAAUUCGGGUAUGUAAUUAUUGUUUCAAACAAUGGCAACAGGGGAUAGCUACUUUUGAUAAUGUGAUUCAGGUUCCCAGCCUGGAUCUCAGUAGUUCACCAUCAGUGGCAAGUUUGGCCAGCACUAGCGAAACUGCUAACAGUAGUACCUUCACUCUUGGCUCGAUGCCAUGCUCAGUUGGCCCCUAUCAACGAGGUCAACAAGUUGCCUGUCCCAGUGCACAUCAAAUAUCUGAAAUGGAAACAAAUUUAUCAGAUAAACAAAGAGAAUUGGCAUUGGGAAGGAGCACUGGCCUUGGUGCGGACAUAGGCUACCAAUCUCCGAACCAAUAUGCGUUUUCUAUGAACAGAAGUGAUGACGAUGAUGAUGACUAUGGUGUAUUUCGCUCUGAUUCUGAAAUGAGGCAUUUUCCACAAGUUAGUGAGUAUUUUCACCAUGUUGAGUUUGAUGACGUGAGCAAUGAUGAAGGAACACAUAGAGCUCGUCUUGAUGGAGAAAAUAUUGGCUCAAAAAGUUUAAGCAGUUCUCCAUUGAACCAUACUUUUGGCUUACAUGGUGUGGAAGGAAUUUCACAGCCUGGGAAAAAAGAUGGUCUUGAUAUGGAUGAUGAGUGUGAGGCACCCUCCUCCAUGUAUCCUGGGGAAAACUGUGAUGCUGAACCUGUGGAUUUUGAGAACAAUGGACUGCUCUGGCUCCCCCCUGAACCAGAAGAUGAAGAAGAUGAGAGGGAAGCUGGUUUGUUUGAUGAUGAUGAUGAUGAUGACGAUGACGAUGCAGCUGGAGAGUGGGGGCGUUUACGCACCUCAAACAGUUUUGGAAGUGGAGAAUUCCGUAAUAGAGAUAAGCCGGUUGAGGAUCACAAGAAGGGUGUGAAGAAUGUGGUUGAUGGUCAUUUCAGGGCUUUGGUAUCUCAACUAUUACAGGUUGAGAAUAUUCCUGUGGGUGAUGAAGAUGAUAAAGAAAGCUGGUUGGAAAUUAUUACAUCUCUGUCAUGGGAGGCAGCUACACUAUUAAAGCCAGAUAUGAGCAAAAGUGGAGGAAUGGACCCUGGUGGAUAUGUGAAAAUAAAGUGCAUUGCUUCUGGACGCCGCUGUGAGAGUAUGGUGGUCAAAGGAGUUGUUUGUAAGAAAAAUGUGGCUCACCGUCGAAUGACAUCAAGAAUAGAAAGACCUCGAUUAUUGAUUCUUGGAGGGGCACUUGAGUACCAGCGUGUUUCUAAUCACUUAUCAAGUUUUGAUACUCUGCUACAGCAGGAAAUGGACCAUCUGAAGAUGGCUGUGGCAAGGAUAGAUGCACACCAACCUGAUGUUCUUUUAGUAGAGAAAUCCGUCUCACGAUUCGCACAGGAGUACCUUCUUGCUAAAGACAUAUCUCUAGUUCUCAAUAUCAAGAGGCCACUUUUAGAGCGCAUAGCCCGUUGCACAGGUGCUCAGAUAGUUCCUUCAAUCGAUCACCUCUCUUCCCCAAAGUUAGGCUACUGUGAUAAGUUUCAUGUGGAUAAAUUUUUGGAAGAUCUUGGUACUGCUGGGCAGGGUGGAAAAAAAUUGAUGAAGACAUUAAUGUAUUUUGAGGGAUGCCCAAAGCCAUUGGGUUUUACUAUUUUACUUAGAGGUGCUAAUGGGGAUGAGUUGAAGAAAGUGAAACAUGUGGUCCAAUACGGAGUUUUUGCGGCAUAUCACCUGGCUUUGGAGACAUCUUUUCUUGCUGAUGAAGGAGCGUCUCUGCCAGAAUUCCCCCUCAACUCUCCAAUAACGGUAGCACUCCCAGAUAAACCUUCUAGCAUUGAGAGAUCUAUAUCAACUGUACCUGGUUUUACUAUUCCUGCCAAUGAAAAGCCUCAGGGACUGCACCCUAGUAGUGAACCACAGAGAUCCAACAGCGUCUCCAUUGCAUAUGUUGACUCAACAAUCAGCAAUUCUUCUAUUGACCAAGUUGAAAGACAACCACUUACUGAUGGUCCUAGCUCUCAGUCUGCUGCAGUUACUUCCUCUCACAUCAAUUCAACUGCAUUUCUCUCUACUGUUCCUUCUACAGUGAAAGUUUUUUCAGAUUCUUACUUUGAGAAGGAAAAUAAAAAGGGAAAUGGAGAUUCUCUGUUAGCAGAAAUAAUUCCAGAAAACAAGGCAGGUGCCAUGGGUGAUCAUCUUACUGUUAAUGGCUUUGAGCAUUCAGAAGGUAUUCUAAUGAAUCAUUCUCCAAAUGAUAUUGGUGAAAUGGUUCCCUCUCAGUCACACGGUACAGAGGUAUCAUCCACACAGGAAAGUAAAAGUAACUUUGAGGAGCCAGGACCUUUAAAAGAAGAAUUUCCGCCAUCACCUUCAGAUCAUCAGAGCAUUUUGGUUUCCUUAUCCUCCCGUUGUGUGUGGAAGGGGACUGUCUGUGAAAGGUCUCAUCUUUUUCGAAUUAAAUACUAUGGUAGCUUUGACAAACCUUUGGGACGGUUUUUGCGAGACCAUUUAUUUGAUAAUAGUUACACAUGCCGUUCUUGUGAGAUGCCAUCAGAAGCACAUGUACAUUGUUACACACAUCGACAAGGCACCCUGACUAUAUCUGUUAAGAAGUUGUCAGAAAUACUCUUACCGGGUGAAAAGGAUGGAAAGAUCUGGAUGUGGCACAGAUGCCUGAGGUGUCCCCGGACCAAUGGUUUUCCUCCAGCUACUCGGAGAGUAGCAAUGUCUGAUGCUGCUUGGGGCUUAUCUUUUGGGAAAUUUUUGGAGCUUAGUUUUUCAAACCAUGCAGCUGCAAGCAGGGUUGCAAGCUGUGGCCAUUCUCUGCAUAGGGAUUGUCUUCGAUUCUAUGGAUUUGGGAACAUGGUUGCUUGCUUUCGAUAUGCAUCGAUUGAUGUUCUUUCUGUGUAUCUUCCACCUGCAAAACUUGAUUUCAACUUUGAGAACCAGGAGUGGAUACAGAAAGAAACAGUGGAGGUUGUUGACCGGGCAGAGCUUCUAUUUUCUGAAGUACUUAAUGCUCUGAGUCAAAUUGCAGAGAAAAGACCUAGUGCAGGACCACCAAACAGUGUCACAAAACUACCUGAAUCAAGAGGCCAAAUAGGAGAACUUGAAGUAAUGUUAAAGAAGGAGAAGGCAGAAUUUGAGGUCAGGCUUUCUCUGCAUGAAUCGCUCCAAAAGGCUUUGAAUAGAGAAGCAAAAAAGGGUCAGCGUGUUAUUGACAUUCUUGAGAUCAAUAGACUGCGGCGACAGUUGCUUUUCCAGUCUUACAUGUGGGACCACCGCCUAAUUUAUGCAGCCAAUUUAGAUAUCAACAGUCUUCAGGAUAAUUUGAAUUGGUCAAGUUCAGGACAUGAGGAAAAACCCAUAGCUAACACUGAGCAGCUCACUGAGAUGGAUGUGAAUGACCAGCCAGGAAAGAGUGUUGGCAGUUGUGACUCUCUUCCUGUAGAUACAACAUUGCUUAAGAUCCCAGAUCAACGAGCAGGAUUUGGAAGUAAUCCUGAUCAGUGUGACACUGUCCAGAAAACAGAUAUGAAUCAAGGUUCUAAUCUUGAAAAGGAAGACCGUGCUGACCUUUCAGCUGUCAUUCCCAUCUGUGAUCAACCUAACAGUUUGGGAUGUAGUGGAAAUGUUCGCAGGACUCGUUCUGAGAGCCAGGUUCCCAUUGUGUCAAAUUUAUCUGAUACCCUUGAUGCUGCAUGGACAGGUGAGAAUUUCCCAGGAGUUGGAAUAUCAAAGGAUGAUACCAGUGUGCUUUCUGAUUCUGUUGUGGCAGAUUUGUCAACCACAACUACAGCACUGGAAGGUUUAGAUCUAAACAAUCGAGCGGAAGACCAAAAUGGGCCCAAGGUCAGUUAUUCACCUUCACCUGCAUUAUACACCAAGGCCUCUGAUAAUAUGGAAGAUUCUGUCAGCUACUUAAGAAUGCCCUUCCUAAACUUUUACCGGUCAUUGAACAAGAAUUUUCUAGCAAGCUCUGAGAAGCUUGAUACAAUGGGUGAGUAUAAUCCAGUCUAUGUUUCAUCCUUCAGGGAGUUGGAACUGCAGGGUGGUGCUAGGCUCCUCCUGCCUGUGGGUGUAAAUGACACUGUCAUUCCUGUGUAUGAUGAUGAGCCUACAAGCAUUAUAUCUUAUGCACUAGUAUCACCAGAGUAUCAUGGCCAACUAACCGAUGUCCGGGAUUUGAAUUCUUCUUUAAAUCUAUUUGAUUCUGUGACUUCUCAGUCAUUCCACUCGGUUGAUGAAGUCAUCAUUGAUUCUCUCAGAAGUCAUGGGUCUAUAGAUGAGAGUAUCUUGUCUAUAACUGGAUCUCGUAGCCCUCUGCUUUUAGACCCACUCUCUCACACAAAAACUAUGCAUGCCAGAGUUUCUUUUGGAGAUGAAGGCUCACUUGGAAAGGUGAAAUAUUCUGUGACUUGUUACUAUGCAAAAAGUUUUGAAGCCUUGAGGAGGAUAUGUUGCCCAUCUGAGCUUGAUUUCAUAAGGUCUCUCAGUCGUUGUAAGAAGUGGGGAGCUCAAGGGGGCAAGAGUAAUGUAUUCUUUGCUAAAACCUUGGACGACCGGUUUAUUAUCAAACAAGUCACAAAGACAGAGUUGGAGUCUUUUAUAAAAUUUGCUCCUGAAUAUUUCAAGUACCUCUCUGAUUCAAUCAGCUCAAGAAGUCCAACAUGCCUGGCUAAAAUUUUGGGGAUCUAUCAGGUCACAUCAAGGCAUCCAAAAGGUGGGAAAGAAUCAAAAAUGGAUGUUCUGGUCAUGGAGAAUCUUCUGUUCAGGAGGAAUUUGACCCGCCUUUAUGAUCUUAAGGGAUCUUCCCGAUCACGAUAUAAUGCUGAUUCUAGUGGGAACAAUAAAGUUCUUUUGGAUCAGAACUUGAUUGAAGCAAUGCCAACUUCUCCAAUUUUUGUUGGAAACAAGGCAAAGCGGUUGCUAGAGAGAGCUGUCUGGAAUGAUACUUCUUUUCUAGCAUCUAUCGAUGUAAUGGACUACUCGUUAUUGGUCGGGGUGGACGAAGAGAAGCAUGAAUUAGUUCUUGGAAUCAUUGAUUUCAUGAGGCAGUAUACAUGGGACAAGCACCUGGAAACUUGGGUGAAAGCUUCAGGCAUACUCGGUGGGCCAAAGAACUCAUCCCCAACUGUGAUUUCUCCAAAGCAAUACAAAAAGAGGUUCAGGAAGGCAAUGACUGCCUAUUUUCUGAUGGUCCCAGAUCAGUGGUCACCUCCUACUAUCGUUCCAAGUAAAUCCCAGUCAGAUUUUUGCGAAGAGAACAACACAGUGGGCGGGACCUCGGUUGAAUGAUACUGCGAGUCUCUAUGCUUGUAAAUUUUACAUAUGCAUUUUGGGACAAUAGUCCCACUCGGUUUUUCCCAUGUUCAUAUAUUUUUUCCUUAUAUUUUUAUUCUUUUUUUUUUUUAAUAUAGGAAUUACAUUUGUAUGUUUAGUUAAAAAAGAAAAGUCGGUAAUUUUUUGUUAGGAGAAGCAGAAGAAAGCUGUUAAAGCCAUAGGAAUUUCAGGAAGAGGUAUUAAUUUGAAUGACCGCUCCAUGAAAUCUCAGCACAAUGUAUUUAUUCAUCUAUUUUUACGGUUGCAGUGUCUGAAUUUCAAGAUGUUUGACAUUUUUGUACUUAGAUUUUGAUGUUCUUUCUAAAUAAUACAUCUGGUUUUGUUUCCUUCUA